AUGGACAGCUCCUCCAAACCAGUGAAGAAAAACCCGCGCAAAGGGGCCUUCUGCCUGUCACAACUGUUCUUCGGCUGGUUACUUCCGCUGUUCUAUCGUGGUUCGCGACGCGGCCUCGGUAAGGACGAUUUGACAAAGUGCCUGAAAGCGGACCGAUCCGAGGAUCUCGGCGAUGAGCUGGAAGAACAAUGGGAAAAGGAAGUGUCCCAGGCUCGUAUCGCAUCCCGCGAACCGAAGCUGCGCAAUGCCCUGUUUCGAACGUUUUACAAACAAUGUCUGUUCGAUGGGUUUCUUAUUUUUCUUUUCGUCCUCAUAAAAACCAUUCUACCGGUAGUGCUGGCGCAGUUACUUGUGCAAUUUCAGGAACCAACGAAUUCCACCCACCUUGCAGUGGUGGAUUUGCAUAAUGCGGAAAUCAGCACGUUACCGCCGCUUGCGAUGCCACUGAUGAUGCUUCCAAAAACAACGCAAUCGCAUCUCGAGAACCUCAUAUUCGACGAGACGGCCAUGAUUAACAAACGACGCCGUAAGCGCAAGAUUAGCACGGACGACAGUCCUCCGGCACCGGGCAAUAGCAUCGGUGGCCGUAAGCCAAAUGUUGGUCUGGCAGAUGAUACGCUCCUAGCGACGGAUCUAGCCUACGAAGGCGUAUCACUCGAUGCCGACACGACAAUAGUUGCCCCGAAUCAAACACUUAUCGAUGAUUUGUCCGACUUCCUACAUCAUGCCUGGAAUGAUGCCUUUUGGCUUUCUGGGUUGCUGGUAUUGCUGACGCUGUUGGGUUGCUUCUGCUGUCACCAUUCGGAUCUGCGACAGCGAUUGGUGGGAGCUCGCAUGCGUAUCGCAAGUUGUUCAUUGAUCUAUCGAAAGACACUGCGCAUGUCGAAGAAGGCGGCUGGACAGACACCUGCUGGCUACAUGAUCAACCUGCUGUCCAAUGAUGUGAGCCGGUUGGACUACGGGUUCAUAUACAUGCACUACGUUUGGGUACUGCCGUUUCAGGCAUGUUUUACUUGUUACCUCAUCUGGCGCCGAGUGCAAUGGGCAGCAGUGGUCGGUGUAGUUGGACUACUCGUCAAAACUAUCCCCGUACAGACUGGACUGAGCCGGUUGAGCUCGAUCAUUCGGAUGCGUGUGGCUAAGAAGACGGAUCAACGUGUCGGUAUCAUGAAUGAACUGAUCCAGGGCAUUCAAGUAAUCAAGAUGUACGCGUGGGAGAAACCGUUUCAUAAGGUCGUUUCCAUCGCGCGCAAAAAAGAAGUACGCCAAAUUCGAUGGGCAUCGUACAUUCGCGGUAUCUACCUUAGCACGAUGGUGUUCACCGAACGCUCGACACUGUUUCUUGCGAUAGCGUGCUGUGUGAUCGAGGGUCGUUCCAUUACGGCCGAUAUCGUCUUUCCGAUGGCUCAGUUUUUCAACAUACUUCAGCUGACGGCUGCCAUCUUCUAUCCGCUCGCAGUGUCGCUUGGUGCCGAAGCUCUCGUGUCGAUAGAACGCAUAGAAGAGUUUCUGGCGCUACAGGAACACGAUCCUUCCCCGCAGUCCACCACGCAUGGGCUGCAGCGAAACCUUAACGAUCUGCACCUCACGGAGGAUCCGAAAGAACCUGCGCUUGAGCUGAAAAACGUAACGGCCAGCUGGGAGGAGACGGCAGCUAAAACGUUGAAGGAUAUAAGUGUAAAAAUCGACACUGGGAAGCUACUGGCGGUAAUCGGACCAGUUGGAGCGGGUAAGAGCUCCUUGCUACAGAUGCUGCUAGGCGAGCUUCCUAUUCAGAAUGGCACGGCGAUAAUCAACGGAGACGUGUCGUAUGGCUCUCAGGAACCGUGGCUGUUCACCGGUACUGUGCGGAACAACAUUCUGUUCGGUUUGCCUUACGAUCGUCACCGGUAUCAGGCGGUAGUACGGCACUGUGCCCUGGCAACCGAUUUCCAGCAACUUCCGGAUGGAGACAGAACUGUGGUUGGCGAGCGUGGCACCUCACUAUCUGGGGGACAGCGAGCUCGAGUAAGCUUGGCGCGAGCUGUGUAUAACAAUGCAUCCAUAUAUUUGCUGGACGAUCCGCUCAGUGCCGUCGACGCUCACGUUGGGAAGCAUCUGUUCGAUGAGGUGAUGGGUCCAAGGGGUUUCUUGGCUCAAAAACAGAAGGCAACACGUGUCCUAGUAACACAUCAAGUGCAUUUCCUAAAGGAGGCCGAUUGGAUUGUGAUCAUAGAAGGAGGAAAAAUUGUUACACAGGGCACGUACACUGAGCUAGCCAACGGUAAGGUCGACUUCGGAAAGCUGCUCAACUCCGGUGCUUCGGAAGCGGGUUCAACGGAAGAAAGCGUACUUAAUUCAGAAAUACCGGAAGAUGAGAUUCCGUUCAUCGAUGGGGUGACACUGGAUGGGUACAAGCUAUUGAAAGGAAGCUCAGUUUCACUACGCGGCUCCAGUGUGGCGGAAAAUCUUGGUCGUCAAGUGGGCGAAGACCAGGCUGAGGGAAGCAUUUCUUGGCGCAUUUGGGCGACAUAUUUCUUAUCCGGAGGCAACAUUCUGAUGUUGCUGUUCACAUUUUUCAUGCUAGUUUUCUCGCAAGCGAUAGUUAGCGGAUCGGAUUAUUUUGUAACGUACUGGACACGCCAAGAGGAGCUACGACUGGUAGAUGAGCAAUCCGUAAGCACGUCUACGGUUGAUUUUCUGUACUCAUAUGGAGUGAUCAUUAUUGGAGUGGUGUUAUUCACUAUUUUCCGAGGUUAUUUGUUUUUCAACAUCUGCAUGAAGGCGUCCCGUAAUCUACAUGAUCGUAUGUUUGCACGCAUCUUGACCGCCCCAAUGCGGUUCUUCGACACGAACCCUUCCGGACGAAUUUUGAAUCGCUUUUCAAAGGACAUGGGUGCGAUCGAUGAGCUCCUGCCCAAAGCAAUGAUUGAAGCAAUUCAAAUUUUGCUAGUUAUGAGCGGGAUCUUGACGAUGAUCACCAUUGUGAAUCCGCUGUUGCUGUUGCCCUUGCUAGGAGCAGUGUUGCUAUACGCAAUUGCCCUCAAGCUAUAUUUGAGACCAAUUCAGGAUUUAAAACGAUUAGAAGGCAUCACUCGUAGUCCGGUCUUUUCGCAUCUUUCCGCGACCCUGACUGGCUUAUCGACCAUACGCGCGAGCAGUAUACAGGAAAAAAUUCGAGAAGAAUUCGACGAUCUACAGAAUGUCCACUCAGCAGUUUGGCAGCUUACCAUGGCAAGUAAUGCAGCUCUAGGGCUAUGGCUUGAUUGUAUCAGCACAGCAUUUGUAGGAUGUGUAACGUUUAGCUUCAUUGUGCUGCAUCAAGACACUUUUAGUGCCAAUGUUGGCUUGGCCAUAUCUCAGGCCCUCAUUCUAACCGGUAUGGUGCAGUAUGGAAUUCGACAGACUACAGAAUCAAUUCAGCAGAUGACGGCGGUCGAACGCGUCGUACAGUACACGGAAAUCCCCUGUGAAACUGACCCACCGAAAGUGCCUCCUGGCGACUGGCCAUGGAAAGGACAAAUUCAGUUCCACAACAUGUCUCUCUGCUAUGAACCAGAUGCUCCGCCAGUAUUGAAGAAUCUGGAGCUCGUCAUAGAGCCCACGUGGAAAGUUGGAAUCGUUGGCCGUACUGGGGCUGGGAAAUCGUCCCUAAUUGGGGCGCUCUUUCGAUUGGCACGGAUCGAUGGGCGCAUUAUGGUCGAUGGUAUCGACACGGGCGUUAUUUCGCUUGAAGCAUUGCGCUCGAAAAUAUCGAUCAUUCCCCAGGAUCCUGUACUGUUCAGUGCAACCAUUCGGUACAACUUAGAUCCGUUCAGUUUGUACGACGAUGACAUGCUAUGGCGGGCAAUUGGUGAGGUAGAACUGCGUUCGGCCAUUAGCGGUCUUGAUUUUAUGGUGACUGAAGGAGGUACUAACUUUAGCGUCGGGCAGCGACAGUUAAUCUGCCUAGCUCGAGCUAUAUUGCGAAACAAUAAGAUCUUAGUGCUGGAUGAAGCAACUGCCAACGUAGAUCCACAGACUGAUGCAUUGAUUCAGAAAACUAUCCGAGAGAAAUUCAAACACUGCACUGUGCUAACGGUUGCUCAUCGUCUGCACACAGUGAUGGAUUCCGAUCGAAUUCUAGUGAUGGAUGCCGGCAUGGCUCGAGAGUUCGAAACGCCGCAUGCGCUACUACAGCAGGAAGGAAGCAUUUUGAGGGAAAUGGUGGAAGCAACUGGAACAUCCGAAUCGGAAUUUCUCAAACGCAUUGCAGCGGAUACUUAUGGACGAAUGGACCCCAAUCGACAUCUUAUGAAAGGCAUGCCAAAUCCGUGGCGUUUUGGCAAAGAAGUACAGGAAUAAUUAGUGCACUAUUCAAAGAACAACUUCCGUAAAGUCGUUUAUUCGCAAGAAAACACAUGUGCUUUACU